GCUUAAGAUAAUCGGGCGAUGUCUGUCCGUGAUCGGAAGGGGGAAAAUCGGGGCAAAAUCAGCCCGAUUAUCUUUAUGUGUGUGGCAGGCUUUAGGUGAUCCUAACUGUUCUUUCAAUCCGAUUUUUCGAUCGGCAAUCGUCAGGUGAUGUCUGGUUCUGCACAUAAUGCGCACGAGAUUGAUAUAAGGCUUAAUAAUAACGGCAAUAAUAACGGCAAGCUUCUUCUAGCAGUAGUACGGUCAUGGCGGGGAUUGCUACGGAAAACAAGAAGAGGAGGGGUUUUAACUUUACAAACGACGAGAUGGAGGCAUUAGUUCAGGCGGUGGACGAAAGGAAAAGUAUUUUAUUCGGCAAAUUUUCCCCAAAUGUAACGUCGCGGAUCAAAGCAAACGAAUGGCAAGAGGUGUCGGACGCUGUCUCAGCGGUUUGUGGGGUACUGAGGACGGUGGACGGCGUAAAGAAAAAGUGGUCGACCAUAGCGAGUGACGCCAAGACCAGAGGGACGCUACAGAAGAGGGACCAGGCAAAGACGGGGGCUGGUAUGCCAGAAGUGAAGCCUAUAACCAUGCUAGAGGAGAAGAUCCUGGCCACCAUGGGUCAAGUUUACACCCAAGGCAUUUCAACCGGCACAGAGGUUGGCCUGCCUGAGGAGAUCCUUGAGAACGUCAGUGCCGAGGUGUCUGAUUCAACUGAGGUCAUACUGACGUUGAUGGAAGCAGAGUGUGACAGCAGGACUCUGCCAACAGCAAUAGUUAUCCCAUCACCUGCUAAAAAGAAGAAACACAUUAGCCUACAAGAGGAGCUUCUGGAGUUGGAGAAGGAGAAGCUGUUGGUGAUGAGAGAGACACUAAAUGUUGAGAAGGAGACACUGAAAUUGGAUAAAGAAAAAUUUGAAUUCAUGAAGCAGUAUUUUAUUUACAACGGGAACAAUAUUGUGAAUUUAUUUGAACAAUGAAAUGAAAUAAUUUGUACACUUAUUUAAAUUUGAUUGAGUUAAACUGUUAAUUUAUUUUUUAUAUUGUUGAAUUAAAUAUUUUACAUCAAA